AUGCAUCUUUUAGAAUUGCUUCUUCUUGUAGUUGGAUGUUGGGGUUGGGGUAAUAUAGAAGUAUUAAUUGAUCAAAAAGGAGGAUACAAUGUUACUAUUGGUAAUCGUGUUUGGCUUCGUUCAUCUCGUACAGCUAUAUAUGUAGACAAUAAAUGGUUUUCAUCAGAUGAUAAUUCUCUGCCAUUAACUGGUAUAAGUUAUACAAGUGGCUUUGAUCCAAAUCUAGGUGAUUAUAGAGAUUUCCAAUUGAGCUAUGACCUUGUUCGUAGUGGAAUACAUACACAAAUCAUUGGCCAUAUACGUGACUGGUAUUCCGGUUCAGGAAUUUCAUUUCAUUUGGACACUGGUAAUCUAACUAUGACAAACACAGUUCCUCUUGGCAUGGAUCAUGUUCGCACAGUUUUUCCAUCGUUUUAUAUUGAACAAAUUGAUAAGAAUGAUCAACGAGGUUAUUUUACAUUCGAAGGAGAAAUGACAGGUGAUGAUAAUAAACAUGCAGGUUGGUGGAAUCCGUCAAGUAAAGUCAUUCAAUCAGGAAUACAAGGUGGUCCAAUAGUUCUUUUUAAUUUAUCUCAACAAGGAGAAGGUGAUAUAUUAGUUCUUUCACCUUUUUCUCGAUUUAUGGCAACUUCAUUAAGUCAAACAAAUAGUAACACAUUAGAAUACGGUGUCAUGGGUUCAAUGUUAUCAAUACCAGCUAAUUAUAAUCACUCAAUGAUUGUUUUUUAUUCAUCACAGGAAAAAGGAAUAAGAGAAUGGGGUCAACUAAUGCAAAGAGAAUAUACUCGAACUAAUCAACAUCGUCUCAAUGAUCUUACGAUAAAUUAUCUUGGUUAUUAUACAGAUAACGGUGCUUACUAUUAUUAUAAUACAGAAAAAGGAAUAAAUUACGAAGAAACUAUGGUCAAUGUUCGUCAUCAAAUUUCACUUCCAUUUCAUUAUAUACAACUUGAUUCAUGGUGGUAUUAUAAAGGUAUUGGAGAUGGUGUUUCACAGUGGACCGCUCGUCCAGAUAUUUUUCCUGAUGGUCUUCAAACCGUGCAUCGUCGACUAGAAAAUAUUCCUCUAGCAGCACAUAAUCGUUAUUGGGCGUUUGAUACUGUUUAUAAACAAAAUUAUUCUUUUGUUCUCGAUGAAAGCAAUAAAAAGGCAUUACCAAUCGGAAAUGACUCAUUUUGGAUUGAUUUAUUUAGUCAAGCACAUGACUGGGGUCUUGUUCUCUAUGAACAGGAUUGGCUUGAUCGUCAAACAAUUGACUUUUUACCAACACGUACUGAUAUUGAUCUUGGACAUCAAUGGUUAAUGUCGAUGGGUGAAGCAGGUGAAAAAAUAGGAAUGUACAUACAAUAUUGUAUGAGUUUACCUCGUCAUGUUCUCACAGCUUUACAAAUACCACGUGUUACUCAUGCACGAACAUCAACUGAUUAUGCGUUUCAUCUUCAUGGUAAAGCACAGCAAUGGGCUAUAGGCAUAUCAAGUAUGUUUGCUGAUGCUAUGGGCUUGGCACCAUUCAAAGAUGUUUUCUGGUCUACUUCCUUUCAACCUGGUUCUCCUUAUAAACCAGAUGCAGAAGAAGUGCUUCCCGAACGAGAGAUACUUAUUGCUACUUUGUCCACAGGACCUGUCGGUCCGGGUGAUGCCAUUAAUUAUACUAAUGUGCAACGUAUCAUGAAAUGUUGUCGGGAAGAUGGCUUGAUUUUGAAGCCUGAUCUACCGUUGACUAUGAUCAAUAGAUUAGCAUCUGAUUGGGCUUUUUAUAACGGUGUCUCACAAGGUGAACUUUAUUCAACAAGAACAACGAUAAAUGAUCAAACAUUCCAUGUAAUUUUUGCAUCAGCUAUGAAACAAGAUUAUUUAGUUUAUCCGUCAAUGAUUGGUGCUCAAUCGGGAGUUAUCUGGUCAUAUGAUAAUUCAAGUGUAGUAUCAACUUUUGAUGAUGCUAAUCCACUGAAUGUUUCAGCUAGUAAAUGUCAUGAUUUAUUCAUAUGUCUUUGGUAUGUAUCUCCUGUCAUCAAAUUGGAGGAGUCGACAAAAUAUGCUCUUCUUGGUGAAUGGAAUAAAUGGACAGCUAUUAGUCAUCAACGAAUUAUAUCAAUAGACAAUCAAAUAAUAAACCAUAUAGCAAUUAUAGAUCUUCAAGGUGCACCUGGUGAAACUGUUUCAAUCAUUGUCUUUCAUUUUACUUUACAAUCUGUCACUGUAAACUGUCGAAUGUCGACUGAUAUUGGUCGAGCUCGACUAAUUGUCACAACAUCGAGUGUCGUUUGUGCUUAA